UCCAAUCAAUCAAUUAAUAGGGCCCUCAAUCCUUCAAUAAUUAUCUUCUUUUUGCUUUAGAUUCGCCAUAGCCCAAAUCCCAAUUGACGCCAUCCACUUCCCACUCUUUUACCGUCACAGAUGACAAUAUCAAAAGCUGAGUAGGUAGGUGAUAGUUGGUUAGAAGAAACAAUCUGUAAAUCGUUGCAUUUCAAGUCAUAGAAGUAAUGGGUGCUUGCGUUUCAUCACUACACAAACCUUCUGCAAUGAAGGUACGCUUAUCAUUUGGGUGUAAUCGUAAACCAGACAAACACCUCGUGAUCCCUCCUUCCCCUGUUAAAGAAAGUCCUCAGAUAAUCAGUGGCAAUGUUGCUGUUAAACCUCAGUGGCCUCCUCUUCAUUCCACCGCUAAGCCUCGCGAUUUUGGUAGUAAAGAGGAGACGUUUUAUGAUUCGCAACCGUGGUUGGAAUCCGACUGUGAAGAUGAUUUUAUGAGUGUCAAUGGAGAAUUUACACCAUCAAGAGGCAAUACUCCGGUGCACCAUAACUUCACCACCGGAGCACCGCCACCGAAGGGCGUAGCACCUUCCAUUGGUGACCAUGAAUCUUGUAUUACCCCAAAGAAGAAAAAGAGACUUUCUGAGCUUUUCGAAGAAGGCUUAAUAGAGAACCAUGAAGUUGAUGAGAAAGAAGGCAAUGAAAAGAUGGCGGCAGUAAAUGGUGGAGGGUUAAAGGCGAGGAGAGAGAGGUGGGUGGAGGCUGUGCAGGUGAACAGCUGCUUACCUAGCUUGCUUUCCAGUUGUAGGCCCGUAACUACUACUGCUGCUACUCAAGAAGAAGCACAAAUGAAUUAUGUUGACCAUCAGGUCUUAAAUGGGAUGUUGUGGGAUCUAGGAAAGUAA